AUGGUCCACUGCGCGGGCUGCAAGCGACCCAUCCUGGACCGGUUUCUCCUCAACGUGCUCGACCGGGCGUGGCACGUCAAGUGCGUCCAGUGCUGCGAGUGCAAAUGCAACCUCACCGAGAAGUGCUUCUCCCGCGACGGGAAGCUCUACUGCAAGAACGACUUUUUCCGGUGUUUCGGUACCAAGUGCGCGGGCUGCGCCCAGGGCAUCUCUCCCAGCGACCUGGUCAGGAGAGCACGGAGCAAAGUCUUUCACUUGAACUGUUUCACCUGCAUGAUGUGUAACAAACAGCUCUCCACGGGGGAGGAACUUUAUAUCAUUGACGAGAACAAGUUUGUUUGCAAAGAAGAUUACCUGACCAACAGCACCACUGCCAAAGAGAACAGUCUGCACUCAGCCACCACCGGCAGCGACCCCAGCCUGUCCCCCGAUUCCCAGGACCCCUGUCAGGACGAUGCCAAGGACUCUGAGAGUGCCAACGUCUCCGACAAGGAGGUGGGCAGCAACGAGAACGAUGACCAAAACCUGGGGGCAAAGCGGCGGGGCCCCCGCACCACCAUCAAGGCCAAGCAACUGGAGACCCUCAAGGCUGCCUUCGCUGCCACGCCCAAGCCCACCCGACACAUCCGUGAACAGCUGGCACAGGAGACGGGCCUCAACAUGCGGGUCAUCCAGGUUUGGUUCCAGAACCGGCGCUCCAAGGAAAGGCGCAUGAAGCAGCUGAGCGCGCUGGGCGCCCGCCGGCACGCUUUCUUCCGCAGCCCCCGCCGCAUGAGGCCGCUGGUGGACCGCUUGGAGCCGGGCGAGCUCAUCCCCAACGGGCCCUUCUCCUUCUACGGAGAUUAUCAGAGUGAAUACUACGGACCUGGAAGCAACUACGAUUUUUUCCCACAAGGACCUCCUUCCUCUCAAGCUCAGACGCCUGUUGAUCUCCCGUUUGUACCCUCCUCCGGGCCACCAGGAACACCACUUGGGGGAAUGGACCACCCCUUACCUGGACACCACCCUUCCAGUGAAGCUCAGCGUUUCACAGAUAUCAUGUCCCACCCGCCCGGAGACUCUCCCAGCCCGGAGCCCAACCUUCCCGGCUCAUUGCACUCCAUGUCAGCGGAAGUUUUUGGCCCGAGUCCGCCAUUUUCCUCGAUAUCCGUCAACGGUGGUGCUAAUUACGGCAACCAUUUGUCACAUCCGCCCGAAAUGAAUGAGGCAGCUGUAUGGUAGCUUUAAAUGCUAGAACUGAGCCAGUCGGCAUCUAUUCUGCUUAUAUUUGUGGUGUACAGAAAUGAAUUCAAUAGAACAUUUUUUUUCCUGCCCUACGACAAUGUAUUUAUAGAUACAGGGAUCUAUCUGUAUCUGUAUAGUGUUGUCUUUUGGGUUUGCAGGGUUUUUUGUUUUGUUUUGUUUUUUAACCCUUGGGAAUGAACUGAAUCCAGAACAAUGCCAAGGGAAAUUUUGCUAUAGACUAGGGGACAAUCUUCACAACAUAGAAUCGACAGGAAGACAGAUUAAAAAAGAAAUCUCUUUUUGUACCAAGUGAAAAAGACACUAUGAAAUGGAUUUAUUUCGGUACUGCCCUAUAUAACGGAUGGGUAUCAUGUUCGCUAGAUGAUAACUCUAGGAACUGAAAUCCUUAGAAACUUUUCUCAGACAGAAAAAAAGGAAACAAACAUUAAAUAAAAGAAAGGUCAAAGACAACAAGGAAAGGCUUAAAGGAAUUCUAGUGUUUCUUUCUUUCUUUUUUAAAAAAGACGUUUUUGGCAUUCUUGGUAUGUUAAUUUUGCCUCAGAAAUUUCAAUUUAGAACUGCAAUGAUAGACUUUUCAAGCUUCAGAGAUGCCAGGGGGGGGCAAAUGAAAUGUAUUUUAUUUUAUUGUUUGGAUUUUGUUUUUUGGCCAAAAUAGCAAAUAUUUAAAUGUAAGCCCUCAGUAUCAACUCUUCUACCUUCUCCAAAUGACACACACCAAUAAUCCUCAAAAACCCAGAGGUCUUCUAGUAGGCUUCUAAGUAAAAAUGACUUGAAAGAAACAAAAACAAAGUAUUCUACCUUCACAAAAAAAAAUAAAAGCUAAACAAACAAAAAAAAAUAAAGACUCUAUGGAACUAGGAAAAAAAACAGUCAACUGUUUACGUCGAAUGUUAAAUUCAGGAGCGCAACAUUUUACUAAAAAAAUUUCCUGUUUUAGAACCUCUUGUUCAAAAGCAAAGUAUUUUGAGCAAUCAACCAAAAUAGUCCAUUUUUUUCCUUUCUCUCUUUUUUUUGUUUGUUUCUGUAGAUGUUUUAAGACAUUGCAGGGCUUGUAUUUCACUGUGCUAGUUUGUAAAGGUGGUUGUUUACAGAAGGCAAAGAAUAAAAUAAAACCAGACAAUUGCCAAAUAAAACAAUUCUAUAGCACAAGUACUCAUUUGGGGUGUUAACACCCAUAGCCCGGGAAACCAUUUUAAACAAAGUGUUACAUGAUUGAGAGGAUAAAAAGAAAAUUUAACAUCUUUGCUAAUGUUUAGUCCUGUUCAACAUUCAUGGAAUUGUUAAAAUGACUUAUAUAGACCCACACAGGUUUUAUUUUUGUGUCUUUAAAAGAAGAAAAAGUCCAAAAUAUUUAAAUUUUAUGGUCAAAUAUGCAGUGAGCAGCUGCUACUUUUUUUCUUUAUAUAUUAAAUUUCUCAUAUGUCUUUUAUUGUUCAAAUAAACCUAAGCUUGUGUGACCUCCAGCGCAUAAUAGACCAUUCACUGUAUGAAAGGGGGGAAAACAGUUGGAUUAAAAAUUGUGAAUUUUUAAUAAAACUAGAAAAUCUGA